AUGCAAUCAGUGUUAUCUCAUGGUACAAAGCGUACACAUGAAAAAGCCGCGGGUCUGAUCGUCAUUUCUGAAAGUCGCCUAAACAAAAUUUGUGGAAAUUGGAUUACCAAUAAGAUUAACCUUUUGCGCAGUCCUCCGUCCUCUGGAAAGACAACACUAGCCAAAGUUCUUGAAGGACAUUUCAAAAGUCAGAGGUUCAUAGUCAAAUAUAUUACGUUCGCGCACUGGCAUCGAGAUGAAUUUCCGGAUCUCCUACAUAAUAAUAAGACCUUUGAUGCAUUCUGGAGAAAAGAAGUUCAGUGCACAUGGUCUGAAUGUGCCAACAGCAAUGAUCCAAUAUUUGUCCUCAUUGACGAGGCCCAGAUACUCUAUGAUGGUGAUGGAACCUUGGCUUUCUGGAAUGACAUGAAAUAUUAUACUGACCACCCGAAAGAUGGCUUACACGUACUCCUACUGUGCAUGUAUGAGGAUCGAAACCCAGGAAGUGCUAUUCUUAAGGACAAUUAUACACCA